UUUAGAUGUAAUUUUUAGUUGAAAAGAAUUGUUAACCAGUGUUCUACUCUUUAAGUAAAUUGCUAUGCUAAUUUGAGUCUGGUUGACCGUGUCUUGCGAGGUCGCCAUUGACGAAGCAUGGCUGCUUCCAUGAAGCUGUGCUAUUAUUACGGUUAUUUUCAUUGUGGGAUGACAUAAAAUACGCCAAUCACCAUUGCUAUCACCACCACUGUCACCAUUGCUAUCACCACCACUGUCACCAUUGCUAUCACCACCACUGUCACCACUACUAUCACCGCAGUUGUAACAACCUUAUUACUUUAUGAUGAUAGAAAUAAAAUGGUGCAAUGCCGUUCAUUGUUAAACCUUUUGCUGUAUUUAUCAGGGCUUGCCACGAGACGCGAGCAGUUGCUCGCGCUCGCGCUGUGCUCGCGUAAAUCUACAUUUACGCGAGCGGUUCGUUGCUCGCGCAAAAUUUUAAGAAAACCCUGUAAAAAUAAUCAAAAUAUUGACAAGUUUAUUGCCGAAACUAAACCAACAAUGUCAAUAACUUCAUAAAUUCGUCUGUCAAACUGAGAUUCACCCAGCUGCACGCGGCAUUUCCUCCUUAAAUUUGAUUGGCUAAAAAGUUACUCAGCACUCUUGUUACUAAAAAUACACUUUAGACCUGAACGUUAUGACUGGUUUUCCUACGAACACCAGUAACGAACGCGUGAUAAUCGAGUCUAAAGUAAAGAAUGUUUACAUCCGGCAUUAGGCAUUCACGCUAAAUGAACACGUUUCAAACUAAUAUUUACCGGUAUUUCCUAUUUUAUCAGAACUUCGGUUUUUAUUCCAUUGUGCAGUCGUAUAAUUUUCAAUCUAAGCGUAAUAAUGGCCAAAGGCAACCUGAUUGCCCUAUCCACAUUUAUUUCGUGGGGUGAAGAAAUCCAUACGGAAAUUGGUUUUAAUAAAGAAGAGUACGUAUGACUGUCAAAAACAGAAAGCGAUGGUCACACAUGUUUACUGCAAACUUUGUGCCAGGAAUAGCAAUUUUCUUAUGAUUUUAAAUUGAAACAAUGUUACAAAAUGUGUGCUCACGCAAACAACAUUUUGCGUGAGCAAUUUUUAUUGCUCGCCUUGCUCGCCCAAACCUAAAUUUGCGUGAGCAGUCAUCUGCUCGCCAUCAAUUUAUUCGUGGCCAGCCCUGAUUUAUCAUUGGCGUAUUCGUUAUUCAACAUGGAAGUUGAAACUGGAAACCAGUACUGGAAACCAGUACAGUGGAAGUACGUCUGUAUUAUUAAAAGAAGAUAUUGGUAAUGCUAAAGCCAAACUGAACUCAGUGUUUAAAUGUUUGAAGGACAUAACUGAAAAUGCCAGGCUGAUGGUGGUUAAUAAUGAGGAAAUUGUUGCAGUAAGGAAACAAUAUUGCGACUGGAUGUGUUUGUAUGAAGAUUAUAUGAACACUCAUGAAUACUAUUGUUCUUUUUUGUCUGUAGACGAAAGAGCUACCUAUUAUGAUGAAUAUUAUGAUGAGCGCAAGAUAUACUUCGCUAACUUUAAAUCUUCAAUUCAAGAAUGGUUUAUGAAGGCUGAAGAUGUUACGUCAAGCAAGGGAUCGAGAUCCAAUAAGUCAAAAUCAAGUUGUCAUUCAUCUCGAUACAGUGCCAUAUCGUCUUUAAAGUUUAAAGAGGACCAGAAUAAAGUUGAGUUAGCAGCACAAUUUGAGGCCUUGAAACAACAGAAAGAAAUUGAGGCUGCAAAACUAGAUUUGGAAUUUCGUGAAAAGGAACUGGCUUUAGUGACUAAAAUAAAUAUUUCGAAUGGUAAGGCCAAGUUGUUCGAUGAAUAUAAUAAGACUUGUAAUAAAUCCUCCGAAAAUAACAUUGAUGGUCGUAAGUCUUCAAAUGUCAGUGUUAGUGAUAAUCAUGUUCCAGUAUGUGAUGAUCCCUUAAAGUCUGUUAACGCUGAUGAAAAUACUACGGAAAAGCCAAACCUCAGAACUUCGACAUUGCCGCACAAUCAGAAUAUGAGUACCAGACAAGAUUUUCUCAAGAGUUCGGAAUUCUAGUACUCCAUCUAUAGGUUACAAUGAUUUAAUCAUUCCUGAGCAAGCUUCUAGGUAUAUGCCUAAUGCUACACUUAACCCUCCAGAUGCUUGCAUACCUCAUCAAAAUCAACCCGAAGGGGCCUUGAACACUAUGCUUCGUCAGAUUAGAAAACCUAGCUCCAAUAUAAAGCCAUUUAGUGGAAACGUACUUGAAUAUCAAUGUUUUAUUCGACAAUUCAAUUCAGCUGUUGUGGCGAACUGUGAGUCCAUGGAAGAAAAGUUAAACUUUCUUGAUCAGUUUACGACUGGAGAUGCAAAUAAAAUUGUCCAAAGUUAUUGUUAUUUGAACCCAGAUCAAGCUUAUCCCUUGGUGUUAGAACAAUUAGAAACUCGUUAUGGUAAUGCAGAGUUAAUAGCUAAUGCCUUUAUAGAAAAAGCACUUAAUUGGCCUAUCAUCAAAUCCGACAACCCAAAGGCCCUUGAUGAAUUUUCCAUGUUUUUGACGGAGUGUUUACAUGCGGUUCAGAGCAUUGAGGCACUUAACAUACUAAAAUAUUCAGAAAAUUUAAAGAAGACUCUUCAGAAGCUACCAUACCAUAUUCACGAUAAGUUUAGAAAUGUUGUACAGUUGACACGCGAUCAGGGAAAUAGAGUGCACUUCGAACAGCUAGUUCGUCUUGUAAAUUCGGAGGCAAGGAAAGUUAAUGAUCCCACCUUCGGUAAACAAGCCUUAUCUGUUGACCGUUCUGUAUCCGAUAACCCACCAGUACCACGUAAGCCUUUCAAACCUAGAGGCUCUUUCGCGACUCAACUAACUGAUAAUUGGGUUAAACCUAGUCCUUCGUCAGACCGUAAACCCAUUAAUCCUCCAAAGGAAUUUGAGACUGCCUUCAGCAAGCCAUGUAUAUUUUGUAAACAUCCUUCACACCCUUUCUGUACUUGUAAGCAGUUCUCAACAUUGAGCUUUGAAGAGAAAUCUGACUUUAUGAAAUCUGUAAGACUAUGUUUCAGAUGUCUGAAAUCUGGUCAUAUGUAUAAAUUUUGCAGUGUCAAGACUAAUUGUAGUAAAUGUGACGGUUCACAUCAUUCUAUUAUGCAUACAAACAGUAGUGUAAAUCCUGGUGGUGAAAUGAACUCAAAUAAGUUAAAACCUGUUGUUAUCAGCGCUCUGAUGGGUAAAGAUAUGGAGGCCGGCACCACAGAUUGCACUAUGGCGAUCAUUCCUGUUCAAGUUAAAAUGCGUGGAUGUUUCCAGUCUUUCAAAACGUAUGCCUUUCUAGACCCAGGCUCUAGUGUUUCUUUCUGCACGCUCAAUGUUAUGAAGUUGCUUGGUUGUUCAGGUAGAAGAACGAAAUUGACUAUAGAUACCAUGGGGUCGUCACACACUAUGGUAUCAUAUCUUAUUAAAGGUAUGCAGCUUGGUGACUUAACCUUAGAAACUGUGAUUGAUUUACCAGACAUUUAUACAAAGGAUAAUAUGCCAGUGUCUCAUAGAAACAUACCCACUUCGGAUGAUAUUCGUAAAUGGGCUCAUCUUAAAGGAAUUCACUUGCCCGUUCUUGAUGCAGAAAUAGGUCUUCUGAUAGGCAAUAACGUUCCAGUUGCAUACUCACCACUGGAGAUUAAAACUGAACCCCCAGGAAGCCCCCACGGUGUCAGAUCCGCACUUGGUUGGAUCAUAUGGAACUUGGUCAGAGAUUCGUCUAGAUUGAGGCCUACUGUAAAUAGGGCAGAAAUUCAAGCAGUUCAAGACUUGGAGAAUCUACGUCAAAUGGUACAACAGACUGCUUCUUUAGAUUUCCCCGAAAGAGCAAUCGAUGAUGUCAAAGAGAACUCCCAAGAUGACAACUCCUUUAUUAAGAAAGUAAAUAAAACUUUGAAGUUUGAAGAUGGACACUACACGAUUGGUCUGCCCUUUAGAAAAGAUCAAGUUUCAUUACCGAACAACAAAUCACAUGCAGAAUGUCGUCUUAACAGUUUAGUUAAUAAGAUAAAAAGAAAUCCCCUUUAUCAUCAGAAUUAUACUGAGUUUAUGGAUAAGGUCAUAACCAACGGAUAUGCAGAACAAGUACCAGAACAUCAGUUAGAUCGUAAUGAUGGUAAAGUGUGGUACAUCCCACAUCAUGGGGUCUAUCAUGCGAAAAAACCUAAUGAAAUUCGUGUAGUAUUUGACUGUGCUGAUUUGUACUCUGGUAUAUCCCUAAAUCAACAGUUACUGCAGGGACCCGAUAUGACGAACAGUUUGAUAAGUGUAUUAAUUCGCUUUCGUCAGGAAAACAUCGCUGUAAUGGGUGACAUUGAAAAAAUGUUUUAUCAGGUCCGCGUUCCUGAAUGUGAUCAGGACUUUUUGCGCUUCCUUUGGUGGCCAAAUGGUAAUUUGAAUCGUAAGCCUGUAAUUUAUAGAAUGGUCGUCCAUCUUUUUGGUGCAGUUUCGUCACCUUCAUGCGCUAAUCUAGCCUUACGCCAGACUGCAAUCGAUAACGCACAUCUAUUUGAUAAAGCUGUGGUCACAUCAAUUCUCAAGAACUUUUAUGUGGACGAUGUUUUGAAAUCUCUUAGAGAGACUGAUGAUGCUAUUAGUUUUGUUAAGGACCUUUGUAAUAUUUGUAAAAACGGUGGUUUUCGUCUCACUAAAUAAACGGGAUGUCCUGAAUUCGAUAUCCAUCAAUG